UCUUGUCAGAAGCUGCGCAGCGAGAGGAGGCGAGAGGCGAAGACCCCGAGAGCUCAGAGACACCGCCAGGAGACGAUGGCAGCGGAUGUGGAGGCCCACAAGCUGCUGCUGCGAGAAUGCCUCGACGAUAUCAAGAAGGUCGACGGUGGCAGCAGGUACCAGGUGGCCACCUUCAUCCCUCCCAUGCAGAAGAUCAAUGAUCUGAAUGAGAAGCUCAGGAGGCUGCCCAAGAGCCUCUGUGAGGAUGUGGCGGACGUGAUGGUACAGCAGGGAGCAGCUGAGCUGCUGGCCCAGGCUCUCACAUCUCUGUCUGACAAGGACUCCCCGGUGCCUGACGCAAACUUCAGACCCAUCAACGCCACUGUGUGGGUUCUCUGCGCAUACACGGACUUCAGCCCAGCACUGGGCCGUGCGGUGAGUCAGUGCGGCACCAUCAAACAUCUCCUGGACAUCCUGAAGCACCAGCCACUGUGGGAGCGCAGCAACACUGAGCCGACCAUACGCAGGCUGCUGGUCUUCACCGUCACUCUGCUGGCGAACCUCUCCCGCGUGCCAGAGAACCGCGCCUGCUUCCGCCAGAGCAACGCGGUGCCCGUGAUGCAGGAACUGCUCAAGAAGGAUGACGUGGAGUUCAGGAUGACUGCCCUGGUGGUCAUCGCCCACAUACUGGAGGAGAGCGACUGCGACCCCCUGGGAGAGACGAACUCCACUAACGAGCUGCUCCAGAUCAUCAGUAGGCCCACCGUGUACGGCCGAUACAAGCAGGUGGGUGAGAUCAUAUCCCAGAGCGAGGAGCUGCUGGAGUCUCUGGCCAUGCUGUCCGUGUGCUGGCCGGUGCGCAGGAAGAUCUACGAGGCGGGCGCCGUGGCUCCGCUGGUGCAGAGCCUGAGGCAGGGCCGCUCCGUGGAGAAGCUCCAUGCGGUGACGACGCUCAGCAGACUCAGCCGGGACCCCGACACCUGCUCCCAGAUGAGGCAGGAGGGACAUCUGCACUGCCCCAUAUGGAGCACGAACCAGAACCAGCUGAGGGAGAGAGCGGCCGGCUCCUGGGGCAGCGCCGUGCUCCGCGCCGUCAAGGGCUUCAUCUCGUGCUGCUCCUCCUCCAGGUCCACGGAGGUGCAGGCUCGCCUCGCAGGCGUCCCCAAGUGGCAGGAGGGUGACGUGCAGGCCUGGCUGGAGGAGAGCAGCCUGGGCGCCUACUGCCCCAACUUCACGCAGAUCGACGGCCGCAUCCUCCACUCCCUCCUGGAGAUCCGCCAGCAGGCCCCGGAGUUCUUUGCCAUGGUGGCACGGGAAGUGGGUGGCUUCCACCGCCUGGAGGACUUCCUCAAGUUCCUGGAUGCUGUGGAGAAACUGGAAUGAUGAGGUGGCAGAGUCGAGGACAGAGCAGCUGAUUGGAGCUCAACCACACAAACACAGCACAACCUCACACGUGACGACAACCACACACGUGAUGACAACCACACACAUGGCAGCCACACAGGACAACUCAACCACACCACACACAUGACAACCACACACAUGACAACCACAUGCUGUACGUCCAGACACACCGGGACUGCACCUAAAUGCAGUCGAGCACCAGUGACUGCCAUGCGCACUUGAAUACCUCUAACUCCACACUGAUAACUCUACACCUCUAACUCUACACCUCUAACUCUACACCUCUAACUCUACACGUCUAACUCGACACUGAUAACUCCAUGCCACGGCUUUUCUACCACAACAUCACCUGCAUUCUCUGACAGCCACUCACGCCACACCAGGGACACAGGUGACACAGGUGACGCAGUGACCCACACCCUGCACAGCCUACUGGGCUCGUCUGACGGCCGUGGGUACUGGACCCUGAACAGGGCUUGGGCCCACGGCCGCAUUCACUCACUCACUCGCACACGCACACACUCACACACUCACUCACACACGCACACACUCACUCACACACUCACUCACACACUCACACACACACGCACACACUCACUCACACACACUCACACACUCACUCACUCACACACUCACACACUCACUCACGCACUCACUCACUCACACACUCACACACGCAUGGCCAUUCACACUGCAUGCCCGCAGACGAUGACGGUGGCUUCUUUGAGGCCUACAGAGGCCAGCACCGGCGCUCACACUGGCACAGGCUCUGUGAUGCUGCUGCUGCUGCUUGCAGGCAACACCGAAUGCUCUCAGACGCCCGUGGCCUAUGGCCACCUGUUGACGUGAAGAGGUCAUCCACUGCCCCAAUCAGCUUCUUGUCUCUGGGUCGUCUCCGGGUUCCUUCUCUUUGUUGUCAUGAUUCUGUUUGACAUGCAGCGGCAGCAGCAGCGGCAGCUGCGGAAGUGGUAGCAGCAGCGGUAGUAGUAGUAGUAGUAGUAGGAAGCUUUCGUCACCAAUAUUAUCCAUAUGAGGCUUUUGGGUUAGAUUGCAUGAAUAUAAAUGCGUCGUUAAACCCCCCACCACCCAACAUAGCCAACUAGUAAGGUUUGUCACGUAAACAAAACAUGCGCGAUUCCAUCCGGCAGAGCGGCCCUAGCUGCUGUUCACGGCGGGGGUUCUCCACUGUAUUUGUG